AUGCUUUUUAAGACAACAGCUGUUCUCGCCCUUGUAGGCGGCGUGCUAGCUAGCCCUAUGAAGCGUCAGAGCAGUUGCCCUGGCAUUCAUGUCUUUGGUGCUCGUGAGACAACAGCUGGGGCAGGAUUUGGCUCUUCGGCAACUGUCGUCAAUGGCAUUUUAAGCGCCAAUGCGGGCGCAACUUCAGAGGCCAUUAACUACCCUGCUUGUGGAGGCCAGGCUUCGUGUGGAGGCGCCAGCUACUCCCAGUCCGUCCAGGCUGGUUUUGCUGCAGUAGCAACCGCAGUCAACAACUUCAAUAGUCAGUGUCCUAGCACUAAGCUCGUUCUGGUUGGAUAUUCCCAGGUAGAGCGCCCUACUUUAGACUCUGCACCCGACAAUGGCUUCCCGAAACGCGGCCAUGGGAGUGAAAUUUUCGACACUGCGCUCUGUGGCGGCGGUGACCCCAACCAGGGCUACACCAAUACUGCGGUGUUAUUCAGUGCAUCAGCCGUUACUCAGAUCAAGGCUGCUAUCUUCAUGGGUGACCCACAAUACGUAGCUGGCCUUCCUUACAAUGUAGGAACGUGCGCAGCCGGUGGAUUUGACGCCCGUCCCUCUGGCUUCUCAUGCCCAAGUGCAUCCAAAAUCCAGUCCUACUGCGAUGCAGCCGACCCAUACUGCUGCAAUGGCAGCAACGAUAGCACUCACAAUGGCUACGGCGCCGAAUACGGAGCCCAGGCGAUCCAGUUUGUUCAGAGCAAGCUUUCGGCAUAA